AUGAAUCUCAAUUAUAGCAGAUUACAUUGCAUUCCUCAAGUUUCUGAGAAUUUAACGGCUUUCCCAGCCGUCCUCAAGUCACAUCUGCAACCCGGUAGAGAAGGCGAGAAAUAUGGCCGCGCUGAUGAAGCUGCUUAUGAAGGAAGCAUUACCAAAAAUGAUUAUGUGCCACCGAUACUGUCUAGCCAAGAAAAGGUUCACUUCCUAAGAAAAUGUUGUGCGUCGCCGAUACUUCGUUUUAUUCUGCAUCUGCUAUCGGACCGACAUCAGGAUACCCUGUGUUCAUGGUACGGUGGUCCAUUCGGGGUGAAGAUAUGGAAUACAAGGAAGUUCACUGAUUCAUACAAUGCGGCUAUGGGAACAAAGAUGAACUUUACUAACAUAUCAAGAGCACUACAAGCUUGUGAACACAUCACUAUGGCUGCCGUUCGACUGUGGAAACGGCUAAAGCAGGGCGAGUACUCCUUUUUCCCUGGUUACACUGGUCAUGGACUUCCUCAAAUCCCACUUUCGGCUAUGCCCCGCGACGUCCCAGCACAGUUUCCAUUUGAACGAAAAGGAAUCAUAAAAAGCCCUCAGACGUGGUCAACGGAAGGUUAUGGUCAACCUGUUCCGGCUCACCGUUAUAAUCCAGCUCCUUACCGUACACCACUUUCGUCUGGGAGUAGGAGUCAUCACGCUGGUUUCCAACCGUAUCCUUCUCCUUGUUCAAUCGUGACACCACCUCAACUUCCCAGUCCUGCCACUUCAGUAUCCUCACAAUCAUGUGGCAGUCCUGAAAUGGCUUAUGAGUUCCCAGUCGCAUCGCCUGGAUAUCUUCCGAUCCCGUGCUCCAUUCUCACUCCUCCACCAUCAGACAAUUCAUCUUCGUUUUCUGAUUCAUUCAACUCGAGUGACUCUUGUUUAUCUCAACCAUACAGCCCAGUGUUCAUUGAACCGUCUUACCAGUCCUACGAAACUACGGCUACUGUUACCGAAGAACCUUCAACAACGAUCGAAAAGGAGGGAAAUGAUAUUUUGUCGCACCACAUCGACGAUUUAUCGGUACUGACUGAGUUCCUGGUUCCUCUCGAAAGUCCUCCUACGCAAUCACUACCUCGACUCUCUCCAACUCCUGCACCAAGGCCAGAGGCUGUUGAACCAUAUCUAACUCCAUGCACCAUAACAUAUCCCCAAGGCUACAGUAGCCUAGGACAGCAGGACAUCUUUGGAAAUACCUCUUCCAUAUCCUGCUCUGAUUUAUCAAUAGACGAGACCAGUCUUCUAUAUCAUUGA